GCCUUCAGGGAGCGAGCCAUGGAGGGCGAGCGGGCGCCGCUGCUCGGUUCGCGGCGGGUGGCGGCGGCGGCGGCGGCGGCCGGGGCGUUUGCGGGGCGGCGCGCGGCGUGCGGGGCGGUGCUGUUGGCCGAGCUGCUGGAGCGCGCCGCCUUUUACGGCGUCACGGCCAACUUGGUGCUGUUCCUGAACGGCGCGCCGUUCAACUGGGAGGGCGCCCAGGCCAGCCAGGCGCUGCUGCUCUUCAUGGGCCUCACCUACCUGGGCUCGCCGUUCGGGGGCUGGCUCGCCGACGCGCGGCUCGGCCGGGCGCGCGCCAUCCUCCUCAGCCUGGCCCUCUACUUGCUGGGCAUGCUGGCCUUCCCGCUGCUGGCCGCGCCCCGCUCGCGCGCCGCGCUCUGCGGGGACCCGCGCCCCGAGCUCGUCCGCAAUUGCUCGGCGCCCUUCCCCAACGGGACGGCGGUGUGUCCCGAUGUCGCCGCGCGCCGCUGCGCUCCCGCCACCUUCGCGGGGCUGGUGCUCGUGGGACUCGGGGUGGCCACGGUCAAGGCCAACAUCACGCCCUUCGGCGCGGACCAGGUCAAAGAUCGUGGUCCAGAAGCCACUAGGAGAUUUUUCAAUUGGUUUUACUGGAGCAUUAAUUUGGGAGCGAUCCUGUCGUUAGGAGGCAUUGCCUAUAUUCAGCAGAAUGUAAGCUUUCUCACGGGUUACCUGAUUCCCACUGUCUGCGUGGCCAUCGCUUUCCUGGUCUUCCUUUGUGGCCAGAGUGUCUUCAUCACCAAGCCUCCUGAUGGCAGCGCCUUCACUGACAUGUUCAGGAUUUUGACCUACAGCUGUUGCUCCCACAGAGGUGGGCAGCGGAGAAGUGGUGAAGGCCUUGGAGUCUUUCAGCAAUCUUCUAAACACAGUCUGUUUGAUUCAUGUAAGAUGUCGCGUGGAGGGCCGUUCACAGAGGACAAAGUGGAAGACGUGAAAGCCCUGGUCAAGAUCGUGCCCGUGUUCUUGGCUCUGAUUCCUUACUGGACAGUGUACUUCCAAAUGCAGACCACGUACGUUUUACAGAGUCUUCAUCUGAAGAUUCCAGAAAUCUCAAGUAUCACCACCACCCAUCACACGCUGCCUGCAGCCUGGCUCACCAUGUUCGAUGCGGUCCUCAUCCUCCUCCUCAUCCCGCUGAAGGACAAGCUAGUGGACCCAGUGCUCAGGAGACACGGCCUGCUCCCGUCCUCCCUGAAGAGGAUUGCUGUGGGGAUGUUCUUUGUCAUGUGCUCUGCCUUUGCUGCGGGAAUCCUGGAGAGUAAAAGGCUGGACCUGGUGAAGGAGAAGACCAUCAACCAGACCAUUGGUGGUGUGGUGUACCAUGCUGCUGACCUGCCCAUCUGGUGGCAGAUCCCACAGUAUGUGCUCAUUGGCAUCAGUGAGAUAUUUGCAAGUAUAGCAGGUUUGGAGUUUGCAUACUCAGCUGCUCCCAAGUCCAUGCAGAGCGCCAUCAUGGGACUCUUCUUCUUCUUCUCUGGCAUUGGGUCCUUUGUGGGCUCAGGACUGUUAGCCCUGGUCUCUCUUAAGGCCAUUGGGUGGAUGAGCAGCCAUACAGACUUUGGGAACAUCAACAGUUGCCACCUGCAUUACUACUUCUUCCUGCUGGCUGCCAUCCAGGGAGCUACACUGCUGCUCUUCCUCAUCAUCUCGGUGAAGUAUGACCGCCAGCGGGCCAGGGCAGAUGCGGGGCCGGCCAGCACAAGGCCCUGAUGCAGCCAGCCAGCCUGCUCACAGGUUCUGCAGACUGUAAGGCCUCGGCGCCUGCUAACCGCCAGGGCACUGCCAGCAGGCCCAUUGAGGGAGCCUUGGGGUCACAACUUCUGACCUUGCAUGUUGUCUGGACUGGCUUCCCUUCCUUUGCCCAGAUGAGUGUGGUGAGUGCCUUACUGUGAUCCAUCUCCUGUGCACUGGGCCUGCCAGGGGAGAAGCGUGGAGCUGAGAACGUGGCUUCUCUCACUGAAGGUCUCUCUCUGCUCGUCCUGAGCCAGCCAUGCUUCCUCUUUCAGAGUCCUGGGCAGCCACUGUUCCGCCACUGGCAUCCUUACUCCUUACAGACACUGGUACUUCUUCCUCAUAGCAUCUCCUUGAAGAUUAGCAAGCACUUCCAUCAAGGGGUAGGGGUUCUCUUUGGAGAUGAAAGUAUGGUCGGUGACAUGAUGGUCCCUAGGAGCAGCACCAGCUCCAUUCAUAGUCUCUUUCUUGUCACAGUCUUGCUGAUGCCAAGGCCUUGGGGUCAGUAGUGCAGACUCACCUGAGAGGAGGUUUUGUUGGUGAGGUAAGGGAAGUUUCUUUAUUAGACUAGCCUGGCUUCAGACUUGGGCCACCUCAUGUCUGCCACCUGAGUGCUGAGAUCUCAGAUGUGUGACGCUGUGGUCAGCGGGACUUAGUUCUUCAGCUACUGAUCGGCUUUUUUAAGUACAAGCAUCAGUGCCGCCUGAGGACACUGUGUCCUCGCUGAAACCAGACAGCAGCUGACAGGAGACUGGAGUCACAUCAGGCAGAUCUUCUCCUAGAACCUGACUCUGUCGAGUAAGGCUGGAGGCAGGGGUGAGUGGUGGGGUAAGGCUGGAGGCGGGUGAGUGGGAAAGCCCGGGGGCUGGUGGACAGGUCACCACCUUUAUAUUGUUACUGACAUACCUGGGGUUUGUUCUGUGUGUUGCUGUUUUGUAUAAUUUUAUAAAAGCUUCUCAAACAUGA